UUCACACGCACAGAGAUAUUAUGGACUGCAACCUGCUGAUUCUUUCCACACUCAACCUAUAGGAGUUGGAGCGCCGCUGAGACCCCGUUUUUUUUCUCUCUCUCUCCCUCUCUCUCUUUUUGUCAUCAACUCCGGGAGUGAAUGUGUCCGCUUCAGCAGAAUGGCUUCAACCAGAGGCGCAGUUCUGUUUGUGGAAGUGUGUCCACUGACCGAAGAGUAGCGGAGCGCUCAGAAUAAACUCUCACAUGGUGCACUUUAUCCUGGAGCAGCAAAGCGCGCUGCGGGGAGCAGAAAUGAAAGCGGGAGCGGUGCUAUUAUGCGUAUUUUCCUUUAGUGAGUAUUUCAAAUGGCUUGAUACGGGACUUCUGCCGUGCUUUUGAUCAAUCGUUUCGACUGAGCGCCGUUCUCGGGUGGACUUUGGCUACCAUUACGCGCGAUUCGCGUUCGGAGAGGCGACCGAAACUCCACGCCAGGCUCAGUCGGGGGACUCCGGAGAGCACAGCGGGGGACAACACCAUGACCAGCCGCCUGCUUGCCUUGGUCGGAGUGUGGUGGAGCGCUUACUACUGCACGUCCGCGGCGGCGGGGAGUCACUACUCACUGGAGGGCAUCGGCGAGGGGCAGCCGGGCUUCGUCCACCGGAGGCUGCGGACGCACGAAAAAAGGGAGAUGCAGAAGGAAAUCCUGUCCGUCCUGGGGCUGCCGCACAGACCGCGGCCGCAUCUGUCCCACGGAAAGUACAACUCCGCUCCACUUUUCAUGUUGGACUUGUACAAAACUUUAUCGAGCGAGGAGAAAAGCCAAGUGGAAGGCGCGCUGGAGAGACACCAGUCCGUUCCGGCCACCCAGAGCCCUCCUCUGGCAACGUAUCAAGAAACGGCCUUCCUGAACGACGCGGAUAUGGUGAUGAGCUUCGUUAACUUAGUGGAGUAUGACCGGGAGCUCUCUCCGCAGCGGCGUCACCACAAGGAGUUUAAGUUCAACCUGUCGCAGAUCCCAGAGGGCGAGGCCAUCACGGCAGCCGAGUUCCGCCUUUACAAGGAGUGCGUGAGCCAAGCGUUUCGCAACGACACCUUCAUGCUCAAAGUCUACCAGGUGGUCAAGGAGCACCCUGACAGAGAGGCGGAUCUGUUCCUGCUGGAGUCCAGGAGGCUUUGGGCCGCUGAGGAAGGAUGGCUGGAGUUUGACAUCACGGCGACCAGCAACCUGUGGGUGAUGAGUCCGGUGCAUAACCUGGGCCUGCAGGUCAGCGUGGAGACCAGUAGCGGGCAGACCAUCAGCUGUAAAGACGCGGGCCUCGUGGGACGAGACGGCGCGCUGGAGAAGCAGCCUUUCAUGGUGGCCUUCUUUAAGGUCAGCGAGGUCCACAUCCGCUCUGCCCGCUCCGCAGGAGGGAAACGGCGGCACCAGAAUCGCAACCGCUCCACACAACCGCAAGAGGCGUCCAGAGGGUCGGGCCAAACAGAUUACAACAGCAGCAAUCAGAAGACGGCGUGCAAAAGACACGAGCUGUAUGUUAGCUUCAGAGAGCUGGGCUGGCAGGACUGGAUCAUUGCCCCCGAGGGCUACGCCGCCAACUACUGUGAUGGAGAAUGUUCCUUCCCCCUGAAUGGACACAUGAAUGCCACCAACCACGCCAUCGUGCAAACGCUGGUAGGACUGCCUCACUCUGCUUGAUGCAUAUGUACAUCUGUGUAUUUCAGAUGAAAUCCAUGAUUUGUUGUCAUGUUGUCAGUAAAAUUGAAAACAAGUGACUGAUAUGUUUAAAUCUGGUCUCAGAUUUGCAACUGGAU